GAAUAUUAAGCAACCAGUGCGCAAAACAAAUGAGAACGGAACUGGUCCAUUCCAUUACCAUAGAGGGCGGCAUAACAGAACAGGCAGAACAAGGGCAGAUGUGAAUGCAGGGUUGUACAGAAAAUCCAAUGGCACAGAAUACGAUGACGUCAUGUCUUCGGAAGGCAGCUGGCAGGAAAAGGGUAAAGGGACUAAGAUCACGGACGAAUCUUGCAAGCUUGGAUUUAGAAAAGAGCUCAACAGCCGAUUCCAUGCUUACACCGAGGAGAUCGAUCUCGGGAUCGUAGAAGAGUCGAUCUUCGGCAAGAAGAGAACGAGUGUCGUGCUCUAUGUGGCUAGAAUGCGCGCCAUCUUAGACCAUGUCAUGAACAGACUCCCGUCCAGUCGUUUCAUUAACCACGAUGGAUACAGGCGAGAGAACGAGAGGGGAAUACGAAUAGGCAAUUACACGUAUUACGCGGGCGGACAUUGGGUGCCGCUGGAUUGUGAGCCUAAAUGGAAGGUAGCCAUCGUUAUCCCAUUCAGAAAUCGGCACAACCAUCUGUCGAUUUUAAUACGAAACCUUGUACCUCUUCUCAAGUUGCAAAUGCUCGAAUUUCGGAUAUUCGUUUCAGAACAGGACAAUACUAUGAUUUUCAACCGCGGGAUGAUGAAAAACAUCGGGUAUCUAGAAGCUCUCAGGUUUGGUCGGUGGGACUGCGUUGUAUUUCAUGAUAUAGACCAGAUACCAAUGAGAGGGGCAAACUACUACGGAUGCGAUGGCAUGCCUAGACAUUUCUGUGCCAGGCCAGAGGAGAUGGAAUUUAAACCGGCAUACGCACUCCUGUUCGGCGGCGUCGUCGGGGUUACAGAAGAACAGAUGACGAAAUCGAAUGGUUAUUCUAAUUUCUACUGGGGGUGGGGUGGAGAGGAUGACGAUUUAUUAAAACGACUGUAUAGCAGCGGCUAUAAACCAACACGUGACCUACGAGAGGGCUUCUAUCGGACGCUCAACCAUACCAAGAAAACACAAAACGAGAUGUGCGAUGAGGCAUUCUGUCUGCUAGAUUCAUGCACCAAGCGCAUGUCAUGGGAUGGAAUCAACAAUGCAGCGUACACCGCAAGCCGACUGAAGUUAUCGCUUCUUUUUACUCAAAUUUCGGUCGAUAUCAGACGUGAGAAGUGGAACAGUUGGUUUGGUCCGUGCACGAAUACAGAAAAGUUGGUCGAUACUGAUGAAAGUGUCACAUGAUGGCGGCACAUUAAAUUUAUACAUUUUCAUAUACCAUUAUACUAGGCGUCUGAUUAAUUGGUCUAACCUGCAGGCAUCAAAUUUGCUACUCACUGCUGGGCAGUAUAGCGAAAAAUAAUGACCUGCACACUUUAUGUAUAUACUUGCGUGUAAAAUGCAUCAUGUAUAAAAAAUCGGCCCAAAGGAAAUUUCAGUACUCGUGUGCGUUAUGUGCGCCAUUUUGUACGCGAACGGGACGCGUUAUUUUUUUUC